UUUUAUAAUAGUUUUGGGGCAAAUUUUUUGUUUUGUUUUUCUGAACUGAUCCUUCUUCAUUAUGACCACAGCACCAUAGUUGAGAUAGAUUUGACUACACUCAGCAUUAAACAGGAAAUGGAUAAAAAGCUGUUGUUAAGCUGCUCAAAACCACUGAAAAUUUCAUCAAAAUGUUUCUACUGGAACAGACCCACAAAUGAAAAUAUUUUUUUAUAUUGUUUUCAUGGCAAUAAAAUGAACUAUGUUUCAUACUACCACUCAGGGAAAGUAUUUUUGUCUACACAUUUGAAUGACAAUACAGAUAAAAAAGAAAUAAUUAAUCAAGAGGAAUCUUCUCUCACAAUUAAUUCAGAAAUAUUAAUACCAACUCAGGGUAAUAAAAAAGCAAAACCAAAAGAUAAAUAUCCAUUUGGUUUGAUGAAGAAUGUAUUGUUACGCUAUGCUAAUAUGAACUUGGAAAGAAAAAUUGCUUCAGCGCAUUUAAAAUAUUAUAAAAGAAAUUCACCAUUCUGUAUGAAAAAUCAGUGCGACAGUUUGUUAAGUGAUGAAAGUGCACCUGAGCCCAUGUCUGUUAAAGAACUGUUUAAUCAUAACCUGCUUUUAAAAUACCAGAUGCCAUCAAACAAUCAAGUAAAACGACUUUUGCUUGAAUAUCCAGAGCCAGUGAAGUUGUUCUUUGAUGUAAUGAAACCUUUAAUUGAAGCAGACCCAAGUCUAACCUCACAGCUUAUUGUAUCCAGACAUUUAAAGAAUAUUUAUUGGAAAGCCCAGUUAAAUUUAAGAUGGCAGAACAGUAUCUGUGUGACAGGUGUUAAUUCAGACAGAGACCUAGCUAUUGAACAUGCAUUUUUAUUAGCUUGCGUCCAACUGCAGUUUUUUGGGUUAUUAUCAAAAAGGAAUAACGGCCUUUGGGGCCCUACAGAAUGUGACAAAAUUGCUUCUGUGUUAGAGCUUUUGGCAAAGUAUGGAGAAUCAACUCUAAGUGGUCCACAUGGCAGAGGAUUUAAGGUUAUCAUGGAAAAAUGUCAAAUAAAAAAAAGUCCUCCAAAAAAUGAUAACCUUGAUACAACAGAGGCAAUGGAAUCUCAAAUACAGAGCUUAAGACACAAUCAAAAUUUUCAGUCAGAUAACGUUAACAAACAUACUUAUCCUAUUAACAUUGAGUUUUGCCAUUAUUUUUAUCAAUUAUAUAAUACACAUAAAACUUCCAAACAUGUGUGGACGGAUUUAUUAAAUUGUGUAAGUUUUGCACAUUCAAAUUCAAACAAAGUGGAAAUAGGCAAUAAUUUCUUGAGCACUUCACUAGUAGGUCCAAAAUGGAGUUGUACAGUUCAUGUUGGGUGGCCAGUACCUUUCACUGUACAAGAGAAAGGUGUCUCAUUACCUUCAGCACAAAAACUUGGGUACCUGGCAGUGGCCACCAAACUCAAGAUGCUAAAGCUACUCAACCAUGAAAACGAGAUAAACUUUGCCAGCUUGACUCAUCAUUUUAACAUUGACACAAUACAGACAUGGAUAAAAAACAAGAAUUCAAUGAACUUAAAAAUUGUGGAGUGUUUCACCCCAGAAGCAACAAUAUUUACAGAUGCCUCUGUUACUGGUUUUGGUGCAUACUUGAUAAUGGAGGAGAGAGACAAGAUUUCUUGGAUGAGUGAAGACUGGGCGACUUUUGGUCAUCUAAAAGAUAUUGUGCAUCCAAAUAACAGUAUUGAUACAACAAUGGCGGAAUUAAUUGCCCUUGUUACAGCCAUUUCUUCUUGGAAGUGCAGGCUAAGAGGAAAAAGGGUUUUAUGUUUUUCAGAUAAUUCGGCUGUGGUUACUCUGAUUAACUCAGUGAGCUCAUCAAGAAUUGACCUGCAAGCAAGUGUCUGCACCAUUGACCGUAUCAUUCAUUCUUUGAAGUCCAACUGUGGAAAGUAUGACAUCUCUCUCCAAACAUCAUGGAUUGACAGGGAAGAUAAUUUACUAGCUGACUUGUUAUCACGCAGUCUUGUAAGCACUUUCAAAAUGCAUGUUCCAAAAGCAGAAGUAGCAAAAUCAAAAAUAAAACAAGUUAUCUAAAAAUG